UGCUAGAAGUUUGCUAAAUUCUUUCAAAUCAAACCAUCAAUGGAAUGAAAACAUCGUAAUCGACUAGUUAUGAACUCCACGCCAGUAAGUGUGAGUGAGUUUUAACAAUACAGACAUAAGCUUUCGGGGUAAAACAAUUUUGAAAUUUCAAAUCAAAAUACGCACGUCGCGUUAAAGUUGCAAAAUGCUAUCACAGAUUCGCAGGCUGACACCCAUCUUUAAUGUAUUUCAAGCGCGCUUCAACUAAUGCAGGUAGCUAGCAUACGCAAUCUAAAUAUAGCGUUGUGUGUUUGCUUUUGCGAUCGGAAACCAAUUUGACAUACGCAUUCAAUAAGGCAUUGGCGAUGUUUACUUGAACAAUCACAUUGUUUGCCGCGCAUAAUAUCGAUCGUGGCACCUGGCAGAGCACUGGAUCAUCUUUGGCCCCCUGUGGUCACGAAAUUAAACGCUUAAAUAGUCAUUCGUGUGAAUUGGCCAAGUUAAUGUCAAUGCGAUUUUGUGAAGAUCACGCUAACUUUUGGUGACACCAUUUCUGAUUUGGACGGUUGAUUUACAUAUACAAGGCGCAUAAAAUCAUUUCAAUCAAUUGAGAAAACGCGAGUCAAGCUAUUUUCUUAACGUACAACGGAAAAGAUGUCGUCGUUCACGGUGGACAGUAUAAUGGGGAUAAAUAUAGGCGAGAAACGAAAAGCGAUGGACGUAAAAUCGAGGAUUACUGACCUUCAAUCACCUACAACGAAUAGCUCACCGUAUCUCAGCAAUCCUCGUCUACAGGAUGUAGUAAAACUAGAACCUCAGGACGAAGUUCUGCUUACGGAUGACGAAGAUGAUGGCUUAGUCGAGAACGAAAGAGAGGACGCGGAAUCUCCGAGUAGAAUGUCGCCUUCAAAAGACCUCAAGUCACCCACGAAGGAAGACAAUCGUACUGCUGAGACGUUCGUUGCUGUAAUUGCUCAAGCUAUUCUGAGCUCACCAGCAAAACGAAUGACUCUCAGCUCUAUCUACAACUACAUUGCAAGUAAUUAUUCUCAUUUCAAUCAAGAAAAGGGCCCCGGAUGGAGGAACAGCGUUCGCCACAACCUCUCAAGCAACGACUGCUUUGUAAAAGCUGUUCGUGCCGAAAACGGCAAAGGACAUUACUGGAUGAUACAUCCCAAGGAUCUACCUGAGUUUACGAAGGGUAAUUUUCGGCGACGACGCAAGCCACGGAGACCUCGCUGCCACCAUAGCGUCAUGUUCAACGGCAGCGCAAACGAGAACUACUUUUAUCAUGCGUUUUCUACAGCUGCCAUCCCAUUUUCAAUUCCAUCGACCGCGAGACAAGAGCGAGGAAUUACGGGAGCCGAAAGAUCACCGUUCACUUUUGGCUUUGUCAGAGAUAGUCAGUCAAAACUACCAUUGAAUGGUCAAUAUGACAGACCUCAAUACUUGGAUAUGACUCGAAAUGGCUUCGCGCUACCUCCAUCGUUCCUCUGGCCUGGAGAGAUCAAUGCGAGAACUUUACCAAAAUUCACAGGCGCGUUCAACUUUCAUCAACUCUGCGCUUGCCAGCCUCCAGGAUUACAAUGUUAUUUUCAUAAAUGAUCCCUUCUGCUGGUGUUGAACUUCUCGACGCACAUUGUAUAUAAACUGAAUUCGCCCGUGUAUUGAAGAAUGACUUUAGUUCGCAUGUAUAUGUGUAUAUUGAUUAAAUUAUUGUUUAAAAUGACAACAAGUAAGUCUGGCGUUGAAAUUGUCAUCGGCAACAAUCGCGAUUUUUUCAGCAAUAGAAACAUUUUAAGAAAGUCAUUAAUCACCAAAGUAACAAAUAAUAAACUUGCGAAAAUGUGAAGAACCUCCGACGUUUUUUUACGAACAUUCUCAGUUGCUUAAAGAGAAACUAUUCUGAUUUUAAGUGAUUCCUACCUACUUCAAGCCGUGGUAUCCUAAUUGUUUCUACCGCCUUUUUAAUGUGACAAGAAUCAGAAACUGAUCUCAUUGGAAACGAAAGUUCCCUUGACAAUAUGCUAACAAAACUUGUAACAAUUUAUCAGUAUAUACGGUCUUAAGCUAUUCGAUAGACAAAAA